UUUAAGAGAGAGAGAGAGAGGAAGAUUAGAUUAAAAAAGAUAAAAAUGCCAGAAUCUUUACCUAUGAAUGGUGGCAAUGGUAUCUACAGCUACAGCAAAAACUCUCAAUUGCAGAAAGAAGGCUCGGAUGUUAUGAUGGGAAUGAUAAAAGAGGCAAUUAUUGAAAAUAUGGAUAUCAAAAGCCUAUUAUCUAAUAAUUCAAAUAUUGCAUCAUUUCAUAUUGUAGACUUUGGAUGUUCAAUUGGACCAAACACUUUCUUAGCAAUGCAACAUAUUAUAGAAGCAAUAACACAUAAAUACCAAACUCAACACAAAGACAUACACAUUAGUCCUGAAUUUCAAGUAUUUUUCAAUGAUCAUGUUACAAAUGACUUCAAUACUCUUUUUAAAGCCCUGCCUAUCGAAAGGCGAUACUUUGCUUCUGCUGUUCCCGGUUCUUUCUAUGGACAUUUGUUCCCUUCACGUUCAAUUCACUUUGCAUACUCAUCUUAUUCGCUCCAAUGGCUAUCUAAGACGCCAGAGGAGCUAAUAGAUGUGAAAUCACGAUCGUGGAAUAAGGGGAAAAUUCAUUAUAUAGGUGCCUCAGAGGAUGUAACAUGUGCCUAUGUCGCGCAAUUUGAGAAGGACAUGGAAGUGUUCUUGAAUGCAAGAGCUAAGGAGAUUGUGGAAGAUGGAAUGAUUGUGAUGAUUUUACCAGGAAUUCAUAGUGAAUUGGAUCAUUCACAAGUUGUUGCUGGUUUUAAUGUCCUCAAGUUCUUUGAAUCUAGUCUAAUUGAUAUGAUCAAUGAGGGAAUUCUUGAAGAAGCUCUAGUGGACUCAUUCAAUGUGCCAUUAUAUGUAGCCUCUCCUAAUGACAUGACUAAAGUAGUAAACAAAAGUGGCUAUUUUAGCAUAGAGAAAAUAGAGAUAAUAGAAUCCCAAUUAAAAAUUCUGGCUGAGGCUGAUGCAAAGAGUUUAAUAAUUCACUUAAGGGCUACUUUAGAAGGAAUAUUCACCAAACACUUUGGAGCUAAAAUUAGUGAUGAAAUGUUUGCAAGGACUAUGGACAAAUGUGAAGAAAUUUCAUCAUGGAUGAAAGUUGAGUACAAGAAAGCAAGCCAAUUGUUUGUUGUUUUGAAACGUAAAUAAAUUAGCCUACUCAUCCAGAAUAUCUAUUAUGAGUAAUUAAGGGUUUGAUAUGCAGACAACAGGGCUACUGAUCGUGUUGAAUGGCGCUUCCUUGUUUGGAUCGGGACAUAUAUGUCAUUGGAUAAUUAUAUUGUGUUAUUGUGAGUUUUAAAAAAUUAUUGGAUGUAGUUGUAUUAUGCUAUUGUGACAUUUAAAUAUUGAUUGAGUAAUUGUAUUAUGUUAAC